UUGACUUAUUUCUGGCUGCUCUUUCUCAGCUGCUUCUCUUUCAACCCUCUCCGAUGCCUACGUCACCACAUUUCGCCGAUGUGAUGAAAAAGCGUGUAAUAAUCUCCUAGUUGUGCUUUUUUUUUGAUAUACUGCUAAAAGUCCUCCCUGAUACAGAUGCAAGAUGAGGAGCGCACACCUGGUGCUGUGUGUUCUUGCUAGAACAUACCUGCUGCUGUGGCUUUUUGGGACCCUCGUCGAAGGAGCUCGUCAAGGGCAGGACAUCAAAUGUGGAGCGUGCCGGGCCCUAGUUGAUGAGAUGGAAUGGGCUAUCUCCAAGGUAGACCCAAAGAAAACCAUCCAGACGGGAUCAUUCAGGAUUAACCCUGAUGGCAGCCAGUCAAUUAGAGAGAUCCCUCUGGCCCGCUCGGAAGGACACCUCCUGGAUUUGAUGGAGGAUGUUUGUGAGAGGAUGAAGGACUAUGGGGAGCAUGUGGACCCCAACUCUAGCAGGAAGACCUAUAUCAGGGUCGCAUCAAGAAACGGUGAACCCAUGGACCUCUCGGAGGCCAAACUGGAUUCUACAGUUACCUCAAGUCUUAAGUUUGCGUGUGAAACGAUAGCCGAACAAAAUGAAGACGAAAUCAUUGAAUUCUUCUCUACUGAGACAGAAAACGUCAAAGACAAGCUUUGCAGCAAGAGAACAGAUCUAUGUGACCAUGCUCUGAAAAUGCACCACGAUGAACUUUGAUGUUUUCCACCUUGGCGGAUGUCUCCUUGAGGUAUCUCAUAAAACUGGUCAUAGUGGUGGCUAUGGUCACAAGUUUACAUCAUGGCAUUGAAAUAAUUCCCCAGCAGCACUAA